UCAUGUGACGUCUGCUACAGAAUUUUGCUGAAUAGGCGUUUUUUUCCGACCGUGUUUUGUGAAGAACCGGAGGGUCUGGGGCAUUCUUUGGCUCGUCCACCGUGGGAACAGACUGGAAACGAUGGCUGAUGCCGCCCUGGCCGCUGCCGGCUUCCUCCUCGACAGAAAACUGGUGUUGGUGGAAAGGGGAGGAGUAACUGGUAGUCAUGGUGAUACAUUGCAAGUGGUGGUGGUGACCAUGGACGAGCUACCAAUGAAUGAACAAAACUUGACCAAGAACUUCAACCAACUUUUCAGAAAAUGCACGAAGAAGGAACUUGUAAGUGGCUUAUCCAACAAGUGUGAAAAGAGAGAGAAUCGAGACAUUCAGAGGUACUGUAUAGCCUCCUAUGGCCGAUCACUCCUCAAGAACCAGGGAGGCUGGGACGCUGAUCUGUGGAGGAGACUGUGUGAAGUGGCAAGGGAAGUUUCCUUCAGCACCCUGCUCCAUGAUCUUGUGGAAGUUGCAGAUUCCUCCUCCACGGCAAGGAGAGAUCUCUGGGGUGACCUGUAUAGCUCUGAUGGAACCAAGAAUUCUCUGGUGACGUUUGCCGAGAGACUGUCGGGCUGGAGUGGAGAUGGGGUCCAGGUCCCUCCUGAGAUGCUCUCCAGCCUCGUCUUCAGCUGCAGUACCAGCCAGCAAGGUCGGGGUGUCAUCGUCCAAUCGGUGAGCACCUUUCUCUGACUGCCAUGUUUGAUUGCAAUCGCACUUUGUUAGUUUUCUUGAGUGGAAGUAUAUAUAUGAGUCACACUCAGGAAAUUA